GCCCAGCAGAGGAGGCUGGGGAGCAAGCUAGAGGGGCGGGGGAGGAACACUGUUCCCCAAAAAGUUCGAAAGAGUAAACAGUGUUAGCCAGCGAGCUCCGGGUUCCUGCCGCCUGCAGUCCGGAACCUGGAAGACACAUCAUUGGGAGCUGCCCGGCCUAAUCUUGUAGUGUUGGGGUUAAAAAAAGAAACAAUCCAAACAAGCCAAGAACAAAAACAUGAGUGUGGAAACUAAGUACCGUGCGGCUUCCCUGUAUGUGGGUGACCUCCACGAAGAUGUCACGGAGGACCUUCUGUUCAGGAAGUUCAACACAGUAGGACCUGUGUUGUCCAUCCGAAUCUGCAGGGACCUGAUUUCCCAUCGUUCACUAGGCUACGGCUAUGUCAAUUUUCUCCAGGUGGGUGAUGCCCAGAAGGCCCUAGAAACUAUGAACUUUGACUUGAUCAAAGGUAAAUCCAUCCGUCUCAUGUGGUCUCAACGGGAUGCUUGCCUAAGGAAGUCGGGAAUCGGGAAUGUGUUUAUCAAGAAUCUGGACAAAUCCAUUGACAACAAAACCUUGUAUGAACACUUCUCACCUUUCGGAAAGAUCAUGUCCUCCAAGGUGAUGACUGAUGAAGAAGGCUCCAAGGGUUACGGCUUCGUGCACUACCAGGACCAGAGAGCAGCUGACAGGGCCAUUGAGGAGAUGAAUGGGAAGCUGCUGAGGGACAGCACUUUGUUCGUGGCCAGAUUCAAAAGCCGUAAGGAUCGGGAGGCUGAGCUCAGAGAGAAACCCGCCGAAUUCACUAAUGUGUAUAUCAAAAAUUUUGGGGAUGACAUGGACGAUGAGAGCCUCAGGUCAGUUUUCAGCAAAUACGGCCAAACUUUGAGCGUUAAGGUGAUGAAAGAUGCCUCUGGCAAGUCCAAACGCUUUGGAUUUGUGAGCUUUGAUAGCCACAAGGCUGCGAAAAACGCAGUUGAGGACAUGAAUGGGCGGGACAUAAACGGGCAGACAAUUUUUGUAGGCAGAGCCCAGAAGAAGGUGGAAAGACAGGCGGAGUUAAAGGAAAUGUUUGAGCAAAUGAAAAAGGAAAGAAUCCGUGCCCGCCAGGCAGCUAAGCUCUACAUUAAGAACCUGGAUGACACCAUCGAUGAUGAAACACUGCGCAAGGAAUUUUCUGUCUUUGGGUCCAUUUGCAGAGUUAAAGUGAUGCAGGAAGCAGGGCAGAGCAAAGGGUUUGGCUUGAUCUGCUUCUUCUCCCCGGAGGCAGCUGCUAAAGCAAUGGCUGAGAUGAAUGGCCGCAUCCUGGGCUCCAAACCCCUCAACAUUGCACUGGGUCAGAAGCACUGAACACAAAAUGAUCCUACCUCACAAUCUGAGCAGCAGCUAGGAGAACAAUCCUGCUCUCCAUCUAUCAGGUGCUAGAAGGAAGGGUAAUCUUCAAAACCCCAGUGGCUGCUUAAUUCAUUGCAAUCGUG